AUGGCAUGGUGCAGUCCAUGUGCAAAACUAUGCCCAUUAUUCCAGCUUUCUCCGGUCCUUGUGCGCCCCUUUAGAGUCUCAAGUCUCAACUCUCAAGUAUAUGACACUCCAAAUGCCACUUUAAUAAGUUGCACGAUACAACCGUCAAGUGCGCAAUACACGCAGUGUCAACUAGCAGGCCAAUUCAUUAGCACCACACUCGGGUAUGAUGUCUACAAGCACAACACAGACGAGAGCUUGUGUUCCGUCUCUAUUCCAGUUCCUGUUUAUUGUGAGAGAUAUUCCACAGUACAUGCAUUGACACUGAGUUCUUCAAGCUGGUACAAAUAUGACGAGACUAUGCCAAUUGUAACGGCACCUAUGUGCCGAGUCCCUGACCCCAUUUUUGCACGACCCUCAAACCUUUUCCUUAAGUACAUCAACCUGUGUAUAAGACAGACAGGAUGA